GUUCCUUUUGCUUGAUAUUCUUAUUAAUCAUGAUUCUUUCAAGAUCCAAAACUGAUUCAGCAGGUAAAACAGCAAGUGCAAGUUCACAGAGCAACAAGAAGCGACAAAUUCCUUCGUUUGAAGAAUUUCUAACCAAAAGAGACUACAUUGGAGCCAAGACUGUCCUGAAAUACUCUAAAGACUACGACGAUGAGGAUGAAAUUGAUAAAAUUCAUUGGCUGGCAUUUUGUGACUUUCAUUUGGGCAACUAUAAAGCAAGUCUCGAUCAAUAUCAGAAACUUUAUGAUGACACACCAAAUAAGGAUGUUGCAUUGAAUAUUGGUGUCUGUAUGUUUUAUCUUGGAAUGUACGAAGAUGCUCAGAAAAUUGUUGAAGACUUGCCGGAAUCGCCACUUAAAAUUCGACUGCUGUUUCAUUUAGCACACAAGUUGGGCGAUGAUGAUCGAUUGAUGGAACUUCAUGGAUCUUUGAGGGAUGUUAUUGAAGAUCAAUUGUCACUAGCUGGUCUACAUUAUUUGCGUGGACAGUAUCAGGAAGCAAUUGAUAUUUAUAAAAGGAUUUUAUUGGACAACAAGAACCUUUAUGCUGUCAAUGUUUAUGUUGCUUUAUGCUACUACAAGCUAGACUACUUUGGGAUGUCACAAGAAGUUUUAGAUCUGUACUUAGGCAACCAUUCAGACAGCAUAAUUGCUGCAAAUCUCAAAGCAUGCAAUCGAUUCCGAAUGUUUAAUGGACAAGCUGCAGAACAAGACAUCAAACAUUUAAUAGACAGUGGUGUCUUUGGAAUCGAUUUAAUUAAGCAUAACAUGGUUGUUUUUAGGAACGGAGAAGGAUCUUUACAGAUUUUACCAUCGCUUAUUGACAUUGUUCCUGAAGCUCGAUUGAAUUUAGCGAUUCAUCAUUUGAGACGAAAUGAGACACAGGAAGCUCAUCAAUUGAUUAAGGAUAUGCAACCUAAAGUUCCACAUGAGUAUAUUUUGAAAGGAGUCGUACAUGCUUGCAUGUUUCAGGAAACUAAUUCAAAAGAACACGCAAAACAAGCACAGCAAUAUCUUCAUCUUGUAGGAGCAUCAGCUACAGAAUGCGAUACAAUUCCAGGUCGACAAGCUAUGGCAUCAUCGUUCUUUUUGUAUGGACAAUUUGAAGAAGUUCUUGUCUAUUUGAAUUCUAUAAGAAGCUUCUUUGUCAACGACGAUACUUUUAAUUACAAUUAUGCUCAGGCAAAAGCUGCAACUGGUUACUAUAAAGAAGCUGAAGAAUUGCUGAUGCAAAUUCACAAUAUCCAAAUCAGAAGUGACCACACAUUUUCAAUGUUGUUGGCGCGCUGUAAUAUUCAUUGUGGACAUGCUGAUCAGGCUUGGAAUAUUUUCGUCACUAAAGACACAACACCUGAAGCAUUUUCCUUAUUACAAUUAAUUGCUAAUGAUUGCUAUCGAGUUGGUGAAUUUUGGAUAGCUGCAAAGGCUUUUGACAUGCUGGAAAAAAUGGAUCCAUCGCCAGAGUAUUGGGAAGGUAAAAGAGGUGCAUGUGCAGGCGCUCUGUAUAAUCUAAUCACAAAAAAGAAGAAUGGACUACCUCAAAAUGGAAUCGGGGAAAUUAUUUCACUUCUUCGUGAUUCAUCAAAUUCACAAGCGGAAGCAAUGUUGAGAGCAUUUAGAAGAUAUGCAAGCACUUUGAAAUAAUUACAUUUUCAUGCAAUAAAUCGGAAAUAAAUUUGAAGUUUAACGGA